UACCCUUGUUUUCGGAAAUGAUGUCAGCUCUAGCCCCAUUGGGAGGGAAACUGACGAGUGGCGCCUUAAUUUUAAAUUCCGCGGGAUUUUGUCAUUAACAGAGUAUAUUUAGGUGUUCACAUAAAACUGCGCAAACUAAUCAGAUUGUGCAUUUAGAAGUAUAUUACUUGUUGCAGCGGAAUUGUAAGAUAAAUCCCUUUAGCGCUUUAGUUCUUAAAAUAUAAAGAAAAAGCUAAAAUGCCUGCUACUGCAGAAAUAAAUUGCGAGGGAGCUGCUCGUCCUGAAGCCAGCGACAAGGAUCAAUGUAAAGCGUGUUGUCAGACAGAGAUCCUUCAUGUCGUUUGUGACGAGAGAGCUUACCUGAAUCAGGUGGAGUAUAUUCUUAAAACUGGAGCCCGGAAAGGCGAUCGGACCGGGACAGGAGUGAUCUCAGUGUUUGGCUCACAAGCGAGAUACAGCCUUCGAGAUCAGUUUCCACUGUUGACUACAAAGAAAGUAUUCUGGAAGGGAAUCUUGGAAGAGCUGUUAUGGUUCAUUAAGGGCUCUACAAACUCCAAGGAGCUGUCCAUGAAGGGAGUCAAAAUCUGGGAUGCAAAUGGAUCCCGGGAGUUUUUAGACAAGAGUGGCUUUACCUCCAGAGAGGAAGGUGACCUAGGGCCAGUGUAUGGUUUUCAGUGGAGGCACUUUGGAGCAGAAUACAAAGACAUGCACACAGAUUACACAGGGCAAGGCGUGGACCAACUACAGAAGGUCAUAGAAACCAUCAAGACCAAUCCUGAGGACAGACGGAUCAUCAUGUGUGCUUGGAAUCCCAAAGAUAUGCCUAAUAUGGCUCUUCCUCCCUGUCACGCCCUGUGCCAGUUUUACGUGUCCAAUGGUGAAUUGUCCUGCCAGCUCUAUCAGCGCUCAGGAGACAUGGGGCUGGGUGUGCCAUUCAACAUUGCCAGCUAUGCGCUGCUCACAUACAUGAUCGCUCAUGUCACUGGGCUGAAGCCUGGUGAUUUCGUACACACUUUGGGAGAUGCACACAUUUACAUCAACCACAUAGAGCCUCUGAAAAUCCAGCUGCAGAGAGAGCCCAGACCCUUCCCUAAACUGAAAAUCCUGCGCAAAGUGGACAACAUUGAUGACUUCCGGGCUGAAGAUUUCGAAAUUUGUGAUUACAACCCCCAUCCAGCAAUUAAAAUGCAAAUGGCAGUUUAACAAUAACACUUCCAUGAUUACCUAG